CGAGGGGCAGGCCUCUGCAGCCGACGACGGUGUCUGCAAGUGCACAUAGUGGCCGAUGAACAAUGAAAAGCUUAGGCCAAAGGAAGGAGGCCUCAUGCUAGAGAUCCAGUUACAUGACACCCGAAAUCACCACGUCCUCCCCGCUCAAGUUCAUCGGACAACAUCCUACGGCAUGAGGCAUACACGUGUGCACGGCUGGUAUCAGGGCAUGGCGGAAAAUAUAAGGGGUCCUGUUUGCGGUUUGUCUCCUCACACCACCAGCACCUCACGAUCCCCUCCCCUCCCCAUCCCCUCGUCUCCUCCCCUUCACGUUCGUCGCUGGAAGACGACAUCAUGUCCAACGAGAAAUUUGUAACGCUACGACGCUAUGACGAGUACUACCUUCCGGGAGGCGACCUCUACUUCCUGGUGGAUCGCAACCACUUCCGUGUACAUAGGUAUUUUUAUGAGCGCGAGUCCGAGUUCUUCCGCAAGAUCCUCGGUGCACCGUCCACCCCAGGCGCAGAGCGACUGGGGACGGCCGAGAACGCCCUCGUGAUCGACAACGUUUCUGCACGGGAUUUCGCCAAGUUCAACUGGGUGUUCUACAACCCCAAGUAUUCCAUCUACGAGGCGCCGGCGGAAGAUUGGCAGGCGAUCCUCGGGCUCGCACAUCGCUGGGGCUUCCGUGAAGUCCACGCGCUUGCUGUCCGCGAGCUCGAGAAGCUCGAGCUGCCGCACAUCGACCGCAUCGUCACCUACCAGCAGUACGAGGUCAACCGGCAGCUGCUCAUCCCGUCCUACGCUGCCCUUACGGAGCGCGAGGAGCCUCUCACGGUUGAGGAGGGUAUGCUCAUGGGCAUCGAGACUGCCAUGACCAUCGCCCGCGCCCGCGAGUUGACGCGCACCCGCACCGGCGUCUCUGGCACGCCGUCGAACGUCCACGGCCAGGACAUGCAGGACAUCAUCCAGAAGAUGUUCAACAUCGUCCUCGUUGACGACCCCAUCAACGACGUGCGCAUUGGUUUCAACAACAGCCUCUCAGGUACCACGGCCAAGAACAGCAUCCUCCCGGGCGACCCCACGCUCUCCACCAUCAACGGCAUGUCCAUCGACCCGACGACCAUCACCGCCGCCGCCUCCGAGACCGGUUCCACGUUCUCCGAGUCCGGCGACAUGGGCCCCGCGGUCAAGGGCUACGGCGGCGGCAUGUACGGCCGCUCCGAGAGCCCCACCGGCCUCCAGAAAGGCAUGGGCGCCUCCGGCCGUCGCAUCCCCACGUCGGGCCGCGGCCUCAACAAGUAGGCCCGCCGUGCGCUCGGGCUGGAGCAGCUUCACGGUGCCCACGACGCCUCCCGACGACCGCCACCACGAGCCUCACGACCGCGACGCUGACGAGAAGGAGGGUGGGCAUCAUGUGCCGAAGCCGAGACCGGCGGGGCCGGGGGCGGGUGUAUACGCUGUAGAUACACGUACUCGCGCCGUCGGCGGGCCCGCGAAUACAAGCGAUGUCUAUCCGGUUUCAACUGAAGGAGUGCGCCGACCCAGACAAGAGCAAGUUGUGAGGAGCCCGCCGCCGGGGGAGGUGCGCGAGCCUGCUGUCCCUGCUACCCGCGAGCCUGUCAUCC